GCUAUUCAUUACACAAGUGUCAGUCGAGCAACGAGCACGGUUCGCGCAGUUUUGUCCCCGACAACGACAUCCGGCAUAGUGUGGAAACAAAUUAGCUGCACCUUUCCAGUAGGCAGCGGCCAGCAGUGAAAGUUACGCAUUUUAUUGCCAGUGUUUUCGUUUGAAGGUUUACUCUCCACCCCGUUCAAGUAUGGUCAAUCCCGUGAAAGAUGCUGUCGACUUCGACAGCCAGCUGGAGGCUGCUGGAGAUAAGGUUGUGGUGGUCGAUUUCUUUGCCACCUGGUGCGGUCCGUGCAAGGUCAUCGCCCCCAAGUUGGAGGAGCUGAAGAACAAGUACGCCGACAAGAUCGUGGUCCUGAAGGUCGAUGUGGAUGAAUGCGAGGACAUUGCCGUAAAGUACAACGUCACCAGCAUGCCGACCUUCGUGUUCAUCAAGAACAAGAAGGUGGAGGAUCAGUUCUCGGGCGCUAACGCCGAAAAGCUCGAAGCGUACAUCAAGAAACUUAUUGAAUAGAAAGUACAAGAAAAUUGAUUCACCGUACACUUUUGUUUAUACAUUUCAAAAUAAUGAUGUUUUCAAAAAGUUGCAGUCCUAGCUAAACUUUACACAAUCAAAAGUAUCCAAAAAUGCCUUUCGAAAUUUGCUGUUGGCCCCACUGUGUGUUUUAGAAAAUGUUCUCAGUUAAGUUUGAGGUGGUGAAAAAUACAGUACACACGUUAAUAAAUUUGGAAGCCACGCGGAAUUUCCGAUUUAUUUGGCAAUCACAUGUUACCAGCAAAAAACAUACAAGAUCUGCAAAAUGAAAUGUACAACAGAAUAAGCACGAUCAUUAACCAGCAUAAUUGAGAGCGUAGAUGCACUUUUACAUCGUCUUUAUUCAAGAAACCUACAUAAGUAAAUAAAGAAAUGCAGAGGUCGAAGACAAUCUCAUACAACUGAGACAGAGCAGUGUGAAACUUUUUCUUGUCAUUGGUAAAAAGCAUACUGGACACCGAAAAACCCUCGAAACCGCGUGUAACGCUUUUAAACGAAUAAUUGAAUAAAGAGUUCUGCAUUGAAGCAAUA